AUGAAUCACAGUGACGAUUUUGAAGUAGAAAUUCCUGAACUUUGCGUGGAAGAUUCAUUGAAAGAAUUCAUACCACAAUCAUUUGGUAAGAAAUCCAAAGAUGCAAAUGUUUCCGCACAAAUAGAUCGAACAAAGAGGACUAUCAAGAAGGCGCCAACUUCAUUUAACGAAGAAGCUGAAGAAAGAAAUGGCUUGCAAAAUACAAUUCCAGGAACCAACUCAAAUGAAAAUCACGAUAAUGUUGGGUUUGAUUCUUCAGAUGAUGAAGGCGACGAUAGUGACGAUGAGUAUCCAGUCUCUCACGAAUUAGUGUUAUCAACUCAUGAAAGGGCAGCAACAACAGUAGCUCUGGACCCUGCUGGAGGCCGAUUGGUGACAGGAUCUACCGAUGGGACAUUGAAAUUUCAUGAUUUUGCGUCAAUGACUCCGACUACCCUACGAGCGUUUAAGAGUGUAGAUCCGAAUGAAUCAAAGACAUCUGCUAGCUCAGAAACUCAUCCCAUCAAUCAUAUCGAGUUUAACCCUCUAUCAGGAAGUACGUUUCUCUGCGUCUCAGCACAUCCACAGGCUCGUAUUAUGAAUCGAGAUGGUGAAGUACUGGCAGAAUUCCAAAAGGGUGAUAUGUACUUGAGAGAUAUGAAAAAUACUAAAGGCCAUAUAUCUCAGGUUACGAGUGGUACAUGGAACCCUAUCGAUAGAAAUCUAUGUGUUACAGCUGGGACUGACAGCACCCUUCGUAUUUGGGAUGUGAACAACAAAAGGUGUCAAAAAGAAGUCAUCGUACACAGAUCAAAAGCUGCAGGGUCUGCUGGACGAACAAGAAUGACAGCCGUAGUUUGGGGAAGUCCACUACAGGGAGGUAGUAAUAUACUAGCCGCUGCAGCUGUGGACGGUAGUCUUGCGAUGUGGAGUGGAAAUGGGCCAUUUACUAGGCCAGCUGCUGAGAUUCGAAAAGCCCACGAAACUGGAACUUGGACUGGGGGAAUUGAUAUCAGUUCAGAUGGUCGAACUAUUGUUACAAGAGGGGGUGAUGAUUUGAUAAAAUUGUGGGACAUACGAAAGUUUAAAGUACCAUUUGCAACAGCGUCCCACCCCUCGACAUCUGACCAUUAUUCUAUGACAAAUAUCAAAUAUUCACCGACUUCAUCAUGUAUCGUUACGGGCUCGCAUUCUGGGGAUCUCAGUAUAUUUAACCCUGGGAACCUAAAUGUAGAGCUUGUAACUCCUGUGACUCCUGGAUCGCCACUGAUAUCCGUUGCCUGGCACCCCAAAAUCAACCAGAUUAUAACUGGCUCUGCUAACGCUCAGGUUCACGUUCUAUAUAAUCCCCGCCUAUCCACUAAGGGUGCGGUUGAUGUAAUGUCUCGAGCACCAAAGAAGCGGCACGUUGACGAUGAUCCGAAUUUUACCACGGAUCAAUCUACCGGGAUUUCUGGAGAUAGCAUCGUGACACCAGGGGGUGUCCUUACCAAUACGGGUAUCACUUCUUUCUCUGCCCGGCAUCCAACGGUUGGCCUCACUGCCUCGGGUCGCUCGCGUGAUCCGCGACGUCCGCAGAUUCCAAUGGUGACCCCAUUCAUGAAGAGUCAGCCAGACGAAGAACAUAUAAACCAGAAUAUCCCAUUGAGUAGUAUGCGUGACGAGGAUCCUCGCGAAGCUCUGCUCAAAUAUGCCGAGCUGGCCCAAAAAGAUCCCCUCUUCACCAACGCUUGGAAAAACACACAGCCUGUCACACAGUAUGCACCGCUGAGUGAUGAUGAUGAGAACGAUGACGCAGGCGCUCCUGAAAAAAAGAAGCUAAAACGAUAA